AUGGACACAAAUUUAACUAAUAGUGAGGUUAAAUUUAGUUAUGUCGAAUAAAAUGAUAUUAAAAUUAAAAAAAUUAAUGAUGAGAGUGAAGAUAAAAACUAGUAGAACAUAAAAAAUUCUGGAAGAUUAUUUAAUGAAGGUAUAAUGAAUUUAAUUAUAAUUUAGGAUUAGUAUUUUCUAUUCAUUUAUUUUGUUUUAGAGUUGUAAAGAAUUUGAAUAAAUUUUAAGAAACAAUUGAAUGUUAUGAAAAAGCUAUUUUUAUCAACCCUAAAAAUGAGAACGCGUGGAAUAAUAAAGGUUAUUUAUUUUUAAAUAUCAUUACUUAGGAAAUGCAUUAUACAAUUUGAAUAAAUACUAAGAAGCAAUUGAAUGUUACGAUAAAGUUAUUUCUAUUAAUUCUAAACAUGAUAAUACAUGGAGUAAUAAAGGUAAAUUAUAUUAAAAUUCCGGUUUUGCACUACACAAUUUUGAGAAAUAUGUGGAAGCUAUUUCAUGUUAUAAUGUAGCACUUUCUAUUAAAAUUAAUCCUUUAAGAUUAUAACUAAAAGGUAUAUAAGUCUUUUCUUUAAAUAUAACUGAUUCACUAAAGCGGUUGAAUAAAAAUUUUGAAAUAUUUUAGAUAUGGAAGAUAUCAGAGGCUAAAAAAUUUUAUGAGGCUGCAUUGAAACAAGGAUCAAAUGAUAAAAAUUACAUAAAUAAAAAAUUAUCAAAGUUAUGA